CCAAGAACAGCAACAUAAACGUUGAAGAGUGGAGGGAGUUGAAUGUUCCAAAGCUUGCGGAUGUACUUUGUACUUUUCAGAAUGGAUUAAACGGGAAACUUUACAAAAUCACAUGUACUGAAUUCUCUGUUAAGAUACAGAGUCGGGGCAUGGUGAAAAUGCGCUUCGAAAUGUGAGCAAACCGAGUAAAUUCUCUAGGUUGCUGCAUCCUUCAGUGCUGCGAACAACACCAGCUACAUCCAUGUUAUUGACUGCUGCUCCAACCAUCCAGGGAUUUCAAAGCUAAAAUCGCGAAAGGGAAAUUUUAACCUUUUGUUCCUUCGGUUUUGGCGAGGGAAAGGGUUAAGCGUUGCGGUAUUCAGGGCUAGCAAAGCUACACGCGCUUUUAAUUGUUAAAAAGAAUUCAUUGAUUAAAUAUUUGCGCUUUAAAAUGGCUGCUCAUCAGAGCUUUAUAGAAUAGAAACAGCUAUUAUAAGAAAUUGCAUUAAGAAUAUAUUUUUCUUUAUUAUGCUCUAACAAUACUGUAAAAAUAUCGGCAGUUUAUUCCUUUUGUAAAAUGUUGGCGACUGUUCUGUACUGGAUCAUUUUAUACUGAAGUUCUGACCGCGUUAGAUAACGAAGUGUAAUUCCUUUGAAUUUGUGUGUUUUUUUUUGUCCCAGGACGAAUAUAAAAUUGGAAGAAGAUUAAUAUUUCGCUUUCCGUUUCUCCCUCUCCUUCUACUUUGUGUAAAGAUAAUGCGAUUUUCCUUUUCCAGAGAAAGAAAGCGUUAUUCAGUUGUCUCGUUAGGUUAAAAAGCGACAUCACAAUAUUGUAGGAGUCUUAGUCCUUCUGAAAACAGCUGAGAAUCCCCAAAACAGUAGUAAUCUAUUCUUUUCCAGCUCGAAUAAUAAAAUGGGUGCUGAAAAUAUCUUAAGAAGAGGACUGUUUCUUUUCAAAUGGCAAAACUACCCUAUUUCUGGAUUGAGGCACAUCAACAAAUACUUAGUGGUUUAUAUUCUUUUUUACCUGGUGCUUUAUACCGAAGCCGCCUUCUCAAAAUCCUGUGACAAAAAUUGCUAUUCUGGAAGGUGUUUCAAUGGGACGUGCAUCUGUGACCAAGGAUGGGUAGGCGACCAGUGUCAGCAUUGCCAGGGCAGAUUCAAGUUAACUGAGCCAUCGGGUUAUCUAACAGAUGGACCGAUCAAUUAUAAAUACAAAACAAAGUGUACCUGGCUGAUUGAGGGGUAUCCAAAUGCUGUUCUAAGGUUACGGUUUAACCAUUUUGCUACAGAAUGUAGCUGGGACCACAUGUAUGUAUAUGAUGGGGAUUCUAUAUAUGCGCCUUUGAUAGCAGUGUUUAGUGGUCUUAUAGUCCCAGAGGUGCGAGGGAAUGAAACGGUGCCUGAAGUCGUUACCACAUCUGGCUAUGCUUUGCUGCACUUUUUCAGUGAUGCUGCCUACAAUUUAACUGGAUUUAAUAUAUUUUACUCAAUUAAUUCAUGCCCCAACAAUUGCUCAGGCCAUGGAAAGUGUACGACUGGGAACUCCAUUGCCAGCAGGGUGUACUGUGAAUGUGACAAAUACUGGAAAGGCGAGGCCUGUGACAUCCCCUAUUGUAGGAACAACUGUGGCAGCCCGGACCAUGGCUACUGCGACUUGACUGGGGAGAAGCUGUGCGUGUGCAAUGAUAGCUGGCAAGGUCCAGACUGCUCCUUAACGGUUCCUUCCACAGAAUCAUAUUGGGUUCUGCCAAACGCCAAGCCUUUCAGUCCAUCUGUUGGCCGUGCGUCCCACAAGGCUGUGGUGCAUGGAAAGUUUAUGUGGGUGAUAGGAGGCUACACCUUUAACUACAGCUCUUUCCAGAUGGUUCUAAAUUACAAUUUGGAAAGCAGUAUCUGGAAUGUCGUAUCAAUAAACAGUGGACCCCUGCAGAGGUAUGGACACUCCCUUGCUCUCUACCAGGAUGACAUCUACCUGUAUGGAGGCAAAAUUGAAACCAGUAAUGGGAAUGUCACUGAUGAAUUAUGGGUCUUCAAUAUCCCAAACCAGAUGUGGAGUAAAAAAAUCCCCACUGUCCUGGUUCAUGGCCAGCAGUAUGGAGUGGAGGGACACUCUGCUCAUGUUGUGGAGUUUGACAAUGGAGACGUGAUAAUGGUCAUCAUUUUUGGAUAUUCAUCUGUGUACAGCUAUAUCAGCAAUGUACAGGAAUACAACCUACGAACAAAUACAUGGCUUGUGCCAGAGACUAAGGGAGCUAUUGCCCAGGGAGGCUAUGGACACAGCAGUGUUUAUGAUAGUGCGACAAAGUCUGUUUAUGUGCACGGAGGGUAUAAAGCUCUUCCAGCUAAUAAGUACGGUUUGGUGGAUGAUCUCUACCGCUAUGAAGUGCGUACACGAACCUGGACAAUCUUAAAGGAAAGUGGCUUUGCACGGUAUCUCCACUCGGCUGUCAUCAUAAGUGGGGCUAUGCUGGUCUUUGGGGGAAACACACACAACGAUACAUCUCUGAGCAACGGAGCAAAAUGUUUUUCUGCCGAUUUCCUUGCUUAUGACAUAGCUUGUGAUGAAUGGAAGGUGCUGCCAAAACCCAGUCUCCACCGUGAUGUCAACCGCUUCGGGCAUUCUGCAGUUGUGAGCAACGGGUCCAUGUACAUAUUCGGUGGGUUCUCUAGCGUUCUGCUCAAUGACAUUCUGGUGUACAAACCACCCAACUGUGAGGCCUUCAGAGCUCAGGAGCCAUGCUUCAGCGCUGGUCCAGGAAUCCGCUGUCUGUGGAUUGGCGACCGCUGUGUGCCCUGGGACCCAUUUCACAUGGGGGACAGCAACCUAGCAGCCCAGUGCCCCCCAAAAGCUAUUGCUGCAGAUGACAGAUGUUACCGAUACACCGACUGUGCCAGUUGUACUGCAAACACAAACGGAUGCCAGUGGUGUGAAGACAAAAAAUGCAUUUCAGCAUCCAGCAACUGCACCAUGUCUGUGAAAAAUUACACAAAGUGCCACGUCAGGAAUGAGCAGAUCUGCAGCAAGCUGGCAAACUGCAAGAGCUGCUCUUUAAAUCUCAACUGCCAAUGGGACCAGCAGCAGCAGGAAUGUCACGCUCUUCCUGCUCAUCUCUGCGGAGACGGGUGGAACCACGUUGGGGAGGCCUGUCUGCGCAUUAACUCCAGCCGUGAAAGCUACGAAAACGCCAAGCACUACUGCAAGAACCUCAGCGGGAAUCUGGCCUCGCUGACCACCGCCAAGGAGGUGGACUUUGUUCUGGAUGAGCUGCAGAAAUACACCGUUCAGAAAAUAUCUCCCUGGGUGGGGCUGCGAAAAAUCAACAUUUCGUACUGGGGCUGGGAAGACAUGUCUCCCUUCACAAACACCACCCUACAGUGGCUACCUGGAGAGCCCAAUGACUCCGGCUUCUGUGCCUUUUUGGAGCGGGCAGAAGCUGAGGUAGUAGGGCUGAAGGCCAAUCCUUGCACUGCCAUGGCCAUGGCUGAUGGCCUGAUCUGUGAAAAGCCAGUUGUGAGCCCUAAUCAGAAUGCCAGGCCCUGCAAGACGCCCUGUUCUCUCCGCACCUCCUGUGCCAACUGUACGAGCCAGGCCAUGGAGUGCAUGUGGUGUGGCAGCACCAAGCGCUGCGUGGACUCCAAUGCCUACGUCAUCUCUUUCCCAUAUGGACAGUGCCUGGAGUGGCAGACCGGGGACUGUGUGUCUCAGAACUGCUCUGGCCUCCGGACCUGCAGUCAGUGCCUGGAGCAGCCGGACUGCGGCUGGUGCAGUGACCCCAGCAACACAGGCAAAGGACAGUGCAUCGAGGGCUCCUACCGGGGACCUAUGAAAGCUGUGGGGAAGCAGAGUCACGAUAUGAUACUGGACCAAGGACUGUGCCCCAAAGAGAAAGGUUUUGAAUGGGCUUUCAUAAACUGUCCAGCUUGCCAGUGCAAUGGCCACAGCACGUGCGUCAACAACAGUGUCUGCGAGCAGUGCAGAAAUCUGACCACUGGCCAACAGUGUGAGACUUGCAUGCCGGGGUACCAUGGAGACCCCACCAAUGGAGGCAAAUGUCAAGCUUGUAAAUGCAAUGGACAUGCAAAUAUUUGUCAAGUCCUCACGGGAAAAUGUUACUGCACCACGAAAGGCAUCAAAGGAGACCAGUGUCAACUUUGCGAUUCUGAGAACAGAUACCUGGGCAAUCCACUAAGGGGAACGUGCUACUAUAACCUGCUGAUAGAUUAUCAGUUCACCUUCAGUCUUCUUCAAGAGGAUGAUCACCACUACACUGCUAUCAACUUCAUGGCCACUCCCGAACAGACCAACAAAAACCUUGACAUGUCAAUUAAUGCAUCAAAUAACUUCAACCUGAACAUCACAUGGUCUGUUGGUUCAACAGCUGGGACAAUAUCAGGAGAAGAAGUCCCAAUAGUCUCGAAGUCAAACAUAAAGGACUACAGAGACAGCUUCUCUUGUGAAAAAUUCAGCUUCCGCAGCAAUCCAAACAUCACCUUUUAUGUGUACGUCAGCAAUUUCUCAUGGCCAAUCAAAAUCCAGAUCGCAUUCUCUCAGCACAACAGUAUAAUGGACUUGGUGCAGUUCUUUGUAACAUUUUUUAGCUGUUUCUUGUCCCUGCUGCUGGUGGCUGCAGUGGUCUGGAAGAUCAAACAGACAUGCUGGGCCUCAAGGCGAAGAGAGCAACUCAUGAGGGAGAGGCAGCAGAUGGCCAGCCGUCCUUUUGCUUCUGUAGAUGUGGCUCUGGAAGUAGGAGGUGAACAAUCAGACCUUCUGCGAGGACCGUUAGAGGGAGCUCCCAAGCCAAUUGCUGUGGAGCCAUGCUCAGGGAACAAAGCUGCUGUGCUGACAGUCUUCAUGUGUCUCCCCAGGGGUUCAUCUGGGGUCCCCCCUCCUGGCCAAUCUGGUAUCGCCAUCGCCAGUGCCCUCAUAGACACUUCGCAGCAGAAGGCCAUGGAAUGCAAGGAGAAGAGUUUGGGAUUAAAGAAUCGGAAACAGCCCCCGCCUGCACACCAAGGGACUUGUGUUUGAGCAAGUGGACAAAAUGCACUUGUACAGUGUGUCAUUUGUGUUCUUUUUUAUGGCUUUGGACACAGAAAAGUCAUAACCACAGCCUCUUGUUUUUGAAGAGGCCAAUGAGGACAUUCUGUUAGGUAACGACAUGCCUUUGGUUUUUUCAUGCUUAAACCCAGUAGUGUUCAGGAACAGCACGUCAACCACCACCCUUCCUUUGAAAUUGGCUUUCAGCAAGACCUCGUGUGAAGCGGAUUUUAACUACAAACAAAUCAAACCAGCAGAUCUUGUAUCGUGCUGCAAUAUCUGGCAUAGAGUCACCUCAUCUUGUUUAUUGAAACAACUACAAAAAGGAAUUGUAUCCUAAAAUUAUGUUCAACAAUUAAAUGAAUUAGGCCAUAGAUGUUUCAGCAAGUAUGCUUGUUUUAAAAUUAGAGUGUAUUUGAAUUUUCCAUUUGGCUUUGUGGUAAUAAGAAGAGGUACCGCAUAGAUGAUUCACAUAUUGUUGUUGGAGCAGGGGGCUGGGAAGUGUUACUUAACAUUAGGAAGGUUGGGGAAAAGCCCAGUACAAUUGCAGAUCCAGUGCUUUCUCUGUCCUUGAGUUUAAUUUGCUUGAGCUCACCUUCACUUUGUGUAGAUUUGUGAUCAUUGGGGUGGCAGCCAGUUUGAGAGAUGCGUAAGGAUCCAGUGCAUCUUAUACCUGGAGAACAGCUCCAAUGUUCUUCACCUUCAUGAGUCUCAGUGAUGAUGGCCAUUUGAGUCAGUUCACUACACGGCAUUCAUUCUUCUAUAGCUCAGACCAUCUGUUGGAUUCACGUUUUUAUACAACAUUGGCUGUGUUUGUAAAAUGUAGCAAUAGAAAAUAAUAGUGUUUUAAGAGAGCCAACAGCUGUGUUUGUUAGCUCAGUUCGUUGAAUAGCAGCUGAUGCUGGUUUAGUCACUAUUGGAUGCUGCUGCAUACUACUGGCACAAAGGCAUGUGGGUAACACUUUACAUUCUGUCUCUAGCUGCAGAGUAUUUACAUAGUAAUUACUUAGUAAAUGUAUAUGUACUUAUUCAUAAUUACAAUGGUAUUUCACAUGGUUACAAAGUCAUACUAUUUUACCAGUAUGAGCAACUUUAGCUCAUAAUCUGUAGUUUAAUAUAAAAUAAUCAUGACAGUAGUAUGCUUGCAUAUGCCACCAAAAUGAUACAUUAUUUAUAAUAAAACUAUGUAUGGUAACAUUGUAAUUAUAUGUAAGUACACAAGUACUUAAGUAAUUACAUGCUUAAUGUAAAGUGUAAGUGUAUACUUAAAAUAUUACCUUCUCCAUAUGGGUGUUGUGUGUAGAGUUAAAUGUGAAAUAUGAAAACCAUUUUUUUAAUUCACAAAGGUAUUAUGCUAUUUUCAAUUGUUUACAGAGGCAUUCCAAUGCAUGCCCUAGUAGUGUCAUAUCUGAUGAUGAUAAACCCGUAUGUCCUAGUUUAUUAUUAUGGUUUUAAAGAAUAUAAUAAAAUAAGGUUUUUACUCUAAAGAACUGUACAUAUCAUAAACCCUAAAUAUACAGUACCUGAAUGUUUGGAUAGAAGGAGAAGUAACCUGCUCUAUUUUGCUUGAUCAUACCUUUGAAAUUAGUUUUAUUUUGGUACCAGGUAAUAUGCUAGAAAAAGACCAGAAAGAUUCAAAGUAUCACUUUUAAAUAAUUAUUAAUUUGGUAAUCAGUUUUGCUAAAGUGCAGCAAAUGGAUUGUUAUGAAUGUUUCUAUGUGGUAUUUCAUACAGCGCACAAUCGGACUCAUUUUAGUUAUUCCAAAUGAAUGGAUCGAGUCAUCGCCAUUUAGGCUGAAGAGGUUUCUUCAUACCAUACAUGGAAAAUGGUCAUGGAUGUGGGUAUUGGGCUAGAUUACAGGAGUAAUACUGGAAUAUUUGUAAAAAAUACCUCAUGUAAUUGAGAGAGAGAAGAGAAAACGAUGGCUGCCAUAGCUCUGUAAUU